UACUACCCGACCCGAUUAUCUCUGCGGCCUCCGUGCUCAAAACACUUAAUACUUUCUUCCUCACUUCCCCAACGAAUCUGCCUACUUCUCCGGUCAAUCACGUUACACCCUCUACCGUCCGAAAACGCUUCUCUCCGGCGGGUAAUGGACGACAACGACGCCGCCGCUCCCCCCACCAAGCUCGCCACCAGCAUCCAGAUAACUGCCCUCGACGGCAUCGUGAACGUGAACUCCCUCUUCACCUUAGCCGUCUUCAUCGGCCUCGCCUGGAACCCCACCGACCCCUCCACCCAACCCCUCAACUUCGACCCGAACUGCCUGCCCACCGCCAAGAUCGCGCAAGACCUCGUCUCCUUCCACGUCUACUCCUUUAGCUCCUUCCUCUUCUCCAGCCUCAUCGCCUUGGCUCUCAAGCAGGCCAUCCGGAUCGCCCGCUCCAGUAACCACUACCCCCGGACGCUCCACAUCCGGGACCUGACCUUCGAUCUCGCCGUCGUAAACAAGAGCGCUCUCCGGGUGGGGUAUUUGGUCUCGGCGGCGGGUUCGGUUUCCGGGUGCAUCUGCUUGAUGAUGGCUCUAAUCAAUGUCGUGCAGUUCAAGCUGGGAGCGCUCGGCUGCGGGAGCUUGCACGUGUACGGCGCUGUUGUGCCUCUCGUGAUCUUGGUCCCCUCUGCGCUUCUCAUCUACGUUUGCUUUGUUCUUUAUGCUUUUACUCGGUAGAGCUGUGUUCUAGGGUUUUGAUGUCAUUGUGCUUGGUGCGAAUUGAGAAUGUUGUUACAUCGGAAUGAAAUGAUUCUGUUUUUGCUUCCCA